AUGAGCUGGGCUGUGGAGGAGUGGAAAGAAGGCCUCUCUACCAGAGUUCUUCAGAAGAUUCAAGAGCUUGAAAGUCAAGUAGACAAGCUUAAAAAGGAGCGACAACAAAGACAAUUUCAGUUAGAGUCUUUGGAAGCAGCUUUGCAAAAGCAGAAACAGAAGGUCGAAAAUGAAAAAAACGAAGGUGCAACACUAAAACGAGAGAACCAGAGCUUAAUGGAGUUGUGUGAUAGUCUUGAGAAGGCAAAGCAGAAAAUAUCACAUGAUCUUCAAGUAAAAGAAUCUCAAAUCAACUUUCAAUUGGGGCAGCUGAACUCAAGUAAGAAACAAAUUGAAAGACUGGAACAAGAACUUAAAAGAUACAAAUGUGAGCUUGAGAAAAGUCAGCAAGCACUGAUUACAGGAGACUUAUCAUUCAGUGGUACUCCACAGAAGAGCUUUAGUGCUCCUUUUACGCCAGUUCAAAGUUAUAAAGAUGCUAAGUUUGAAGAAUUAGAAGAAAAGUACAAUAAAGAAGUAGAAGAAAGAAAAAAGCUAGAAAUGGAACUGAGAACCAUCCAGGUUACAAAAAUUAAUCAGCCUUAUCCUCAAAGCAGUUUGAGUCACAGGGAGAUUGCACGGCAUCAGGCUUCCUCAUCUGUGUUUUCAUGGCAACAAGAAAAGACACCAUCUAGAAAUCAAGAAACCCCUGCAAGGAGAAGUUCCACAACAUCCUGUUUCCCAUGGGAAAAAGAAACAAAUUCUAAUAUAGUAUCAGAGAAGAAAGAGCUCAACAACAGUUUCGUUGAGAAUUGUAAUAGUUCUUCACACAUCAACCAGCUAAGAGUACAGAAUCAAGAGCUAAAUUCCAGAAUUAAAGAUCUAGAACAACAGCUACAAGUUCUAGAAAAAGAGAAGAAAACUCAUAUGAAUAAACAUCAAGAGAUUCAACUCCAGCUGGAUAGAAUGAAGUUGGAAUUAACAGAGAAGGAUAACAUUCUGAACAAAAACAAGGAUGAAUUGACUAGACUGAGAACGCAACUUGACCAAGCUACUGCACAGGUCAAAUUGAUGGAGCAAAAGGUGAAAAAAAUGUCAGAAGAACUGAAUUGUCAAAGACAAAAUGCUGAAAGUACUCGUUGCUCUUUAGAACAGAAAAUAAAAGCAAAGGAAAAGGAAUACCAAGAGGAACUAUUUUGCCAGCAACGUUCCUUACAAACACUGGAUCAGCAGUGCAACCAGAUAAAAAACAAACUGAAUCAGGAGCUCCAGCAAGCCAAAAAUGACUUCAGCACUCUGCAGGCAGAAUUUGACAAAGUAAUGGCAGUGAAACAACGCUUGGAACAUGAUACCAAUGAUCUCACUCAGAAGCUGUGCAGAGCAGAGCAAGCUUUAUUAGCAGCCCAGGCUAAGGAUACUGAGCUGAGAAGAAGCUUCGAGGAAUUGAAGAAGGAGAAAAUCCUUCUUGACUGUGAAUUUGAAAAAAAACUGCGAGAGAUCCACCAAUUUGAAGAAGAGCUAAAAACCAUCAAGGAGUCUCUAAAGCAGAGCCAGAAUUUUGCAGAAGAGAUGAAAAAUAAGAAUAUAUUUCAGGAAGCAGAAUUAAAAUUGCUAGAAGAGAAAUUUAAAAAGCAGGAUAGCUCCCUUUCCUUGGAGAAGCUGAAAUUAGCUUUAGCUGACAUGGAAGAGCAGCAAGCUUCUACUCAAGACCUACUCAAGGAAAAGGAAAAUUGUAUUAAAGAACAAAAGUGUAAAAUAAUUAAAAUGGAGGAAGAAUCGGGAGCUUUUCAGAGGAUCCUUGGAUUCAAGGAGAAAGAAUGUGAAGAAUUAAAAAAAGAGACUACUGCUUUUUCUCAAUGGAAAACUGAAAAUGAUCAUCUUAUAAAUAAACUUAAGUCUGAAAAGGAAGACAUGCUGACUCAUAUUAACAACUUGGAGAGUUCACUCCAAAGUGAACAAAUCAAAAAUAAUGAACAUAAUGAGAAACUCAGAAUAAUGGAAACUGUAAAUGAAAGGAAUAGUAUAGAGAUUAAAGAACUUAAAGACAUGCUAGAAUGUAAAAGUGCACAAUUAGAAGCACAGGAAAAUGCUUAUGAUGAACUUCAACAGAAAGCAGAAUUUUCUGAAAAAAGGUACCUGAAAGAAAUAGAAAUCAUGUCCUGUAAAAUACUCCAGCUCACCAACCAAGUUGGUGAACUAGAAGAAAAGUUACAGUUAGCAGCAGGUGAAAGACUGCAAAGGGAUCAAUGUUACCAUGGUCUACUUGGUGAACAUAGGAAAAUCUGUUGUCUUGUAAAAGCAAAGGGUACUUCAGAAAUGGCAGAAGAUGGAGAAGUUCUUCUACAAAACAGUCUGGAUAAAACUGUUUUAGAUGAUAAACAACUCACAGUGAAUGACUCCAUCACUGAAGAUCACAGGUGUACAAAAGCUGUUUUAGGAAUAGAAAAAAACAAGGAUCUGACCUUACAAGAUCAGAUAUCUUCUCCUGAGAUUUCAUUGGUGGCUGAAAAGCAGCUGAACUCAGAACAAAAGAAGCAGUAUGAAGACUUACUGCAAAUGAAGGAUGAAACAGAGAAAAGGCUAGUUAAUGUAGAAAAGAUGCAUGAAAGCUUUGUGACAGAAACUAAACAGCAUAUUAGUAAUUUGCAGAUGGAUAUUUCAGCACGUCAGGAUUUUGUCGAAAAAACAUUAGCUGUUCUUGAGGAAAAGGACAUGCAACUGCAAACAUUGAAUGGAAAAUUAGAAAAUGGACAAGCAGAGAUUCAGGAUUUAAAGAUCAAUAACAAAUUGCUUGAGGAUUCAGUAAGACAACUAAAGCUCAUGUCUGAAACAUGGAGUUCAGAGAAAAAAGUCCUAUCUUCAAUGAUUUGCACAUAUAACAAAGAAAUUGAGAAACUUACUGAAGAAAAUGCAACCCUUUGGGAUUUAAGCAGAGCUUUAGAGCAAGAACAAAUAACUUUACUUGAAGCAAAUAAAAAUAUUUCUAAUAGUUCAAAGGAAAGAGAAGAAAUAAUUUCUGAAAUGUCUAGGAAACAUAGGGAGGAAAGAGAACAUAUUGAAUCAAGAUCUGAAGAAACUGAAAAGGAGCUUACUGUUCUGCAAGCAAAGUACAAAUUGAUGGAAGGAAAAAACGUGAACAUGAUGUGCAUUUUAAGAGAGAAGACAAAUGAGUUUGAGGAGAAGAAAGCAGAAUUAGAACAAGGGAAACAGGUAUUUAGUGAGAAUGAAGACAUCUUAUGCAAAUUAAUAGCCUCAGAAGAAAAAAAAAAGCUUUUGAUCCAGGAACUUCAGCAACUACAGUCAGAAAUUUCCCAUAUCCAAAAUGUACCUUCUGUUGAACUUGACUGUUUAAGACAGGAAAUGUUAAAUGUCAGAGCAACACAGAAUAAAAUGCAAAAGCAAUAUGAUACUUUAUGUCAAGAGAAGGAGCAAUUGGUCGUGAAACUAGAAAGGAAAAGUGAACCUGUAAUGUGUGACUUCAGUUUUGAAAGGAGACGCAAUUCAGAACAGUUGUGGGAGCCCAUGGAAGAAAAGCACACCCAGCUAAACAAAUACCAACUUAAACUCAAGCGUCUUCAAAUGGAUUUUGAGGACAGAGAACUUUCUGUAGAAAACUACAGGUUACAAGUGAUGCAGCUGGAGACUGCUUUAAAAAUAAUGGAAGUAGAACUUGAGAAAAGUAAGAGGGAAAAAGAGAUAAUGCAGCAAGAACUCUUGUCUGUUAAAGAAUUGAAAACAUCAGAUUCUCAGCUUACAGGGUUAGAUGAAAGUGGCUGCUCAUUGGAGUGUAAUUAUGGUACUAUUACCCAGAAUUGUGAAAGAAGAGGAAUGAAUGAAAGUUAUUCAUUGAUCUUCCCUGAAUUAACAUCAGGAGAAAAUUAUCAUGACCAACUGGCAUUGUCUUUGCAGGUAACAAUAAGCAAACUGAAUGAACUGGAGAAAAUGUGUGAAAGAUUGCAGGCUGAAAACCUAGUAUUAACCUCUGUAUUUAAUGACUCAAAAACUGAUGGCACCACAGUUACUAAUAAAGUGGCUGAAGAGGAAGAGAAAAUAAUGAAUGCAGAUAAAAAUUUAAAAGGUGAAAAGGGUAUUUUUCCUGAUGAACUUAUGGAUCAGAGUGAUAAUAGUGAAAGGGGAAUAUAUUUGGAUAACAAGCAAGUACCCUUCAUAUUUAAAGAAUGCAGUACUGUUCACAGUUCUGACAGUGAAGACCGAAAAUUGUCCAGCAAAGAAGUUAAAAAGCACUUUGCUGAAAUAAAAGAGAAAUUUUUCUCUUUACAGAAUGAGCAUAAAUUAUUAUAUGAACAACAUUGUUCUCUGAGCUCAGAAAUAUCUGAACUACAGUCUUGUAUUGAAACACUGAAGGCAGAAAAUUCUUCAUUGUCAACAAGUCUGAGCAAUGUUGAUACAGAUUCAGUGAGAGUGCCACUAUCUUCUAGACAAAAGGAUGGACUGUUGGACUUAGUUUCAACUAAGUCUACUAUUUCUUUUUCAGAUAUUUGUGAAAGCCCCUCUUUUAUAGGGGUAAGUCAGGCUGAUAAUUCUUUUAACAGUGAUACAUACAAAUGGCCAGAGGAAAUUAUUAGGUUGAAUAGUUCAGAAGAAAUAAUUCCAGAAGGUAUAGGAAAAGUUUUAGUGGAAUAUCCUCAUAAUGAUCCCACACUGGACUUUACUAAAGAGCAAAAGAUCAUUACUCCUAGACAAUCUAAUCUUGAGAGCAGAGUUGAAGAACUUCAAAUGCUGUGCCAGACAUAUGAGAAGUCCAUCAAAGUUCUUGAAGACCAAUUUCACCAUCAGAAAGAUAGGAAAAAGGAAGAAAUACAAGAGCUGAAACAAAUUAUACUUUCUGAAAGAAAAGAAAUAGAUCGUCUCAAAGAGCAAAAUAUAUCUGACAAGGAAGAAUGGCAGCAGAAACUGAGUAACCUGAGUAUGGAAAUGGAGUGCAAACUAGCAGCAGAGAGGAAACAAACUGAAAAUCUGUCUUUGGAGCUAGAAGCAACAAGAUUCCAGCUACAAGUCCUUGAUUUGAGUUCUUGUUCACUACUGUGCACUGAUACUGAAACUAACACACAAGAAGAAAACAACAGCUUUUAUGAGUUGAGAGUGCCUAAUGAAAACACAGCAGAGAAAAAAGACAAACCUGAACUAAACCCCUUUGAGAAAAUGGCUAUAGGAGUGAAAUCUGUGUGUGAAAAUGUGACUGAGACCAUUGAAGGAAGGUUACUAGAAGACUGUACAGAGAAAUUAUGUGGAGAACAAGAAUGUAGAAAUAUAUCAGAAGAAAUUGCUGACUCUUCAGACUGUGUCAGUGUAUUGUCAUUUUCCAACAGUAGUAGUUUUUUGAGUGCAGGGGAUUUUUUUGAAACUCAAAUAAGCACUGAAACGCUUCAGGAAGAAACAAAACAGCAGACUGCUGAAAAUAUGAGUUUGAUCUAUGAGACAAAGGAAAGCAGUAAAAAUGUUGAUUUAUUAAUGAAUGUCAAGGAAUUAAACUUGCCAUUGGACUUUCAGCAUACACAGUUAACUUGUAAGAGCUCAGCUUUUGCCGAACUAGAAGAAACUGCUGUAGUGCUUAAAAAAAUUAAUUGUGACGUAAAAGAAAAACUGGAACCAGUUUCUGUGGAUAAGCAGCAAUUAUCUCUUAAAGUAAUGUCUUUAGAAAAGGAACUUGACAAUGUAAAGUCUGAGCUGGAAAUAUAUAAAGUUAGAUUGUCUAAUGUAACAGAAGCAGAGACACUGGAUGAUGUAGAAAUGACCAACGAAGACUGGCAUAAACGAUUUAUUGAAGUUGAAAAUGAACUGAGGAGGACAAAAUCUGAGAAAGUAAAUAUUGAGAACCAUGCCUUCUCCAUAGAGAAUGAUUUUGAAAUGCUUCAGACAAAAUACCAGCAGUUAGAAAGGGACAGAGAACUUAAACUGAAAACUAUCUGUAGCCUUCAAGAGCAUCUUGUUGCAGUCACAACUGAGAGAAAUCAUAUUGGUGAAGAACAACAAAUUUUGUCUGAAAAUAAAAAAGAAUUGGAUAAAAUGCAUCAGAAACCACAAGAGCAAUUAAAAGAGCUGGAGUCAAAUAAAAUGAAUUCUACUGAAUUCAUUAGAAGGUUAGAGGAUGAAGUGAUGACAAAAACAAAUCUGUCUGAGAUUGUAAAAUCUGAUGUAAAUCAGUUAUCAAAUGAAAAAGAUCUUCUGCAAAAGUUGCAAAAUUUGGAAAAGGAUGUAGAGUCUUUCACCUCAGAAAGAGAAAAGUUCCAAAACCAAGCAGCAGAUUUGAACAAGGAAAAAGAGCUGGUUGUAAGAGAAUCUGAGAUGAUACAGAGUAAGUUAAGUGCUUUAGAAAUGGAAAAUUCCAAGCUCUCCAAAUCUUUAGAAGGCUUGUUAAUUGAAAAAGGUGAACUUGCUGCUAGAUUAAACUCAGCACAGCAAGAAGUACAUCAAAUGAGACAUGGAAUCGAGAAACUGAAAGUAAAAAUUGAAUCUGAUGAGAAGAAAAAACGUCACGUUGCUGAAAAGCUGAAAGGAAGUGAAAGAAAAGCUGAUUCUCUUCUGGACAAAAUUGAGAAGCUUGAAAGAGAAUUGCAGAUGUCAGAAGAAAAUCUAGAAGAUGCAUUUGUUCAAUCAGAGACUGCUAAAGCAGAAGCAGAAACAUUAAAAAUUGAGAUGGAAGAAAUGACUGAAAAGGUGAAAUGUUUAGAAUUAGAAAUUGAUGUCCUCAGCUCACAAAAAGAGGGUUUGGCUAAAGAUUUAAAGGAAAAGCAAGAAAGAAUCCUUGAACUAGAGUCUUCGAAUUUGGCUACAGUAAAAAUAUUAGAAGAAAAGGAGGAAGAAAAGAUGCUAAUCAAGGGUGAGUUUGAAAAUGCUGUAAUAUUGCUGAAAUCUGAAAUCAAAGACAUAUAUGAAAAAUUAGAAUUUUCCUGCAAGGAGCAAGCAGUUGCUAGAGCAAAAGAAAAAGACUUAAUUAAUCAGGUAGCUCAUCUUGAACAAGAGAGAACAAUAUUAUUACAACAAUGCCAGGAAAUAAAAAGUGAAAAUAUCAAAUUGGAUCAUUCAAAGGAAAUACUUGUUGAACAGUUUAUGGAUUGUAAGCAAAAACUGGAUGAAAAGAUUCAAGAAAAUGGUGCUCUUCAAAAGCAAGUGAAAGAUACACAGCAGCUCUCUUUGCGGUUGACACAUAUGGAACGUGAGCAGGAAUGUUGGCACCAGGAAAAAAAAGAGCUGCAGAAUUUGAUCACUGAAUUGAAGCUAAAGGUGACAUAUUUUUCUAAUAAUGGAACUUUUCAGGAUAUCCUAAAUGCUCUAAAAAUAUCUUAUAAAGACCUUGAGAAGGAACUGGAAUCUACACUUUCUGAAAAGUCAACUGUGUAUACAAAGGUAAAUGAACUGACUGAAAGUUGUACUGAGUUGGAAGUCAAACUAAGUAACACUGAACAGAAGAUUUCUGAAUUACAGGAAGAAUUUGCCAUGGAAAGGAACAAGCUUGCUGAACAAAUACAAAUUCUUCAAGAACAAUCAGAAAACAGCAAAAUACAGCUGCUUCUGACUAUAUCAGAAAAAAAUGAACUCAGUAGGAGUUUGGGGAUGAUUCAGAAAGAGUUACAAGAAAAAGAGAGUGAAAUGAUAAGAGAAAUAUCAGAAUAUCAAGACAAACUUCAUCAAGCAGAGAAGGAUCACCAGGCUGCUCUGUCGGAAGUAAACCGAAAGAAUGAAGUCGAAAUUCAGGCCUGUCAAGAUAAAAUGAAUUCAUUGGAGCACUUUAUCAGUUCACAAAAAAUGGAAAUUGAGCAUCUGAAGUCAAAUAAAGAGGAAUUAAAUAAUUUUCUUAAAGAAGCUAAUCAGACCUUAGGAGAACUCCAAAAAACAAAGGCUGACAAUAUUAACAGUAUAGUGGAACUAAAGAAAGAAAAUGAAUUUGCUCAUAGUAAAGUGCAGCUGUGGAUGAAAUCCUGUAAACAAAUGGAACAGGAAAAGGAAAUGUUGCAAAAACAAAUAGUGGAACGUGAUGAGCUAUUAAAGAAGAAAAAUCUAGGUGCUGAUGAGAAUGCCAUUACAGAAGAAACUAGAUUAAAACUGGAAGAAUUACAGAAAUCUGUAGAAGUGAAAACAAGGGAGGCAGAUGAGAACCUGGAGAAAUACUGCUCUCUAAUUGUUAAAUAUUAUAAGCUAGAAGAAGCAAAUGAGAUGUUAAAAACACAAGUCACUUUGUUGAGUGGUCAGCUGAAUCAGCUGAAAGAGCCAACAGUUGAUGCUGUGAGCACUCCUUUGCUGAAUUCAGAUAAAUCAGUAACAGUUAAUGAUCAAUCAGUCAAGGGGAUGAAGUCAGAUGAAGAUACUACUAAGCUUUCAAGUAAAAGGCAGAGAUAUGAAGGCACCAGGAAAGCUAAUGGAGAGCCAAGAUCUCCUAUGCCAGAGGCUUUAUCAAAAAAGAAAAGGAAGGAUGAUCUCUAUGAAAAUUUGCUUGCACAGGAGAACAUGGACUAUGAGCUGACUGGACUUCCAGAAGUGGUGAAAAAAGGGUUUGCUGAUAUUCCUGCCGAAAAUGUUAGCCCUUAUAUUUUACGUAGAACAAACCUAAACCUAAGGACAGAUCCUCAUCUAGCAUCUCAAAGUGAGAAAUUGUCUUUGCCCACACAAGAUGUGAAAAAAAGCAGAUCAGAUUAUCUUGGUGAACUCUCUCAUUCAACAGCUGGUGGCAGCAAAUCACAAAAGGUAAACGAUGAGCAGCAGUCCCAAGGAGGAACAGUUUUUCCACUAAUGAAGUCUACUUCAAGAUCGCCACUUUGCACAUAUAAGCAAUCCACAAAAAAUGUUUCUGAUAAUAUUAGUGAAAGUCAUACAGUGCCCAAAGCCAAAAAUUCCCUAAAUGCACAAACACUACCUGAGCAACAUGAACAAGAAAACUGUAAGGUGCAGUAAAUUUGUGUGGAUUUAAUCUCAACACAAAAUAACUGAAGUUCAAAAACUGGUUUCUCAAAUAAAUAUCAAAACAA